UAUGCUAAUCACGCUUAUUUCCUGGAAGCUUGCUUCUCGAAAUACUUGUUCACUGUUCCUAGAAGUUCUCAGUGCUCAGUAGAUCUGUUAAAGAGCUCUUUCCAGUGAAUAACUAUCUGUUGUGACAAAGACCUUCAGUUCUGAGAAAGCCUGUUAACCAUUAGCCUUUCUUGGAGCCUGUCAAGGUCAAGGCAGCUCUCAGACACAUUCUCCAAGAAAGCAAAUCUCUCUAUCUAACAAAGAAGUACAAAGAAGUUGCUGAAAACCUGUCCAAAGUUGAAGGAAUUGACAGUCAAUUGUUUCUAGAGGUAGUGGACUAAUCCAUCAGAGAUGGCGCUGUGGGAAAAGUCGAUGCGACUACAAGGUCCUCUAUUGGAGCAGAUGAAGUGUUUGUACGGACCUCGCUUCCCAAUAGAGGUCCGACACUACCUCGCUAUAUGGAUUGAGCAGCAAGGAUGGGGUGAGAUAGACCUCGAGAACCCGCUGCACGAACAGGAAGCACGACGAUUAUUCGACAGCAUGCUACAAGCACUACAAGAUUUGAUAACUACCUAUGCCACCAACUUCAUCACUAAAACACAACUGGAGGCGCUCUAUUCCCACAUGAGUAACGAGUACUACCAGCAUCCGCUGGAGUUGGUGCGUGUGGUUCAAGAGUGUCUGCUCAAGGAGCAAGAACUUGUCGACAAACAAGACCACCUCAAUGCACCGUCCCCCAUAGGCCGCACCCCCUCCAAUCAGGCGCAGAUACAGCAGUACCUGACUAGCAUCAUGGCCAAGACAGAGGGUAUGGAGACCACCUUCAGAGAAAUAUCUGCUAAACUGGAGAAGUACAUACUGCAGUUCCAGGAGGCCUAUCAGAUUGAUGCUGCGUUCCAACAGGGCAACAGAAUCCCUCCUGAUCAGAUAGGAAGAUAUCGUCAGAGAAAGGCUCAGUUGGACCAGGUCUUGAGGGCAGGGUCAGAGGAAAUCAGAAGAGUGUGCACAGCUCUGUCCCAGCACUUUGCAGAGGGUAUUGAGCAGAUUCGUCACUGUCAGAAUUUGUUAGUAAACCACGAAUUAGCCAACUGGAGUCAAUCUCAGAGACUCUUCAGCUUUGAGGAUGAUCGAGGCAAGCUAGAGUUGAACAACAUGCAGCAAUGGUUUGAAGCUCUAGCCGAGCUGCUAUGGCGAAACAGACAGCUGGCUAAACAGUACGAGAUGUUCCGACAGCGUGUGCCUCAGGGCAUCCUCACACCUGACCAGUUCACUGGCCUCACUCAACACCUCACCAAGCAGACCAUAGAUCUCAUUCAAUCGAGUUUUGUUCUUGAGAAACAACCACCUCAAGUGAUCAAGACCUCCAACAGAUUCUCAGCCGUCGCUAGGUUACUGGUGGGCAGCAAACUCAACAUUCAUCUAGGGCAGCCUGAAGUGGUUGUGUCCAUUAUCAAUGACAAACAAGCAAAGUCUCUCUUGGAUAGUCCGGAUAAAAUGAUUCCUAAUAGCUUUGGGUCAGGGGAGAUCAUGAACAACAGCAAGACAAUGGAGUACAACCAACAAAAUGGCGUCGUCUCUUCCUCCUUCAACUUCAUGCAGCUGAGACGAAUCAAGAGAAACUCUGACAAGAAAAGCAACGAGAUGGUAACAGAGGAGAAGUUUACGCUGCUGUUCCGUACCCAGUUUGCAGUGGGAGGGGGUGAGCUGGAGAUCAACGUAAGAACGUGUUCUCUACCAGUGGUGGUCAUAGUACACGUGACCCAGCAACCUCAAGCAGAGGCUACCAUCUUCUGGGACGAUGCUUUCGCUGAGUCUAGUCGUGAACCGUUCCAAGUGCCCGUCUCCGUUAGUUGGCCUCAACUCUCCGAAGCUCUCAACUGUUACUUCCAUGCUCAAACCGGCCGUGGAUUAACCCCUCAGAAUCUAGAUUACCUUGGCCGUAAGCUCCUAGGGAUUUCUCCAGAAGAGGACUUGUCUCAAAAGAUUGUUACUCGACAGCAAGUUUGCAAGGAUCAAAUGAGAGGCCGCAGCUUCACAUUCUGGGAGUGGUUUUACAAGCACUUGGACCUCGUCAAAACCACCCUCAAGAGAGAGUGGGUGGAAGGGUCCAUUCAGGGGUUUGUCCAGAAGGUAGAUGCCGAGAACAUGCUCCGGAAUUGUACCCCAGGGACCUUCCUCAUUCGAUUCAGCGAGGGGGAGCCAGGGGGUGUGUCCAUCGCCUGGGUAACGGAAGGUGACCUGACGAGCAGCGACGCUCAGGUGUUGAGUCUGGCACCAUGGAAUAAACAUGAUCUGGGCAUGAGGGGUUUUGCUGACAGAAUGCACGACCUGACCCACCUCCUCUAUCUCUUCCCCAACGAGCCCAAAGACAAGAUCUUUGGAAAGUACUACUCCCCAGCACCCAUUGAGACGAAUGCUCGUGGGUACAUCCCUGCCGACCUGCGUGCCUCCAUUCCCUAUCACAUGACUCAGAGAUCAGGCGGCAGCAACCCCAAUAGUCCCGCCCCUUCCAUCGUGUCCAUUGGGACUCCCCUCUCUCCUCCAAACUGGCCUGGGGGCCCUAAUGGUGGCUUUGGCAGUGACCUUGGUCUGCCGGUACUGGACUUCCCUGGCAGUGGCCUGGGUGGAUCGUUUGAUGCUGGUGAUUUGAUGCUCGAUGUCCCCUCAGUCAAUAACACCAUGCAUCAGUGAACUCUGUGCGUAGGACUGUGUAUAAUUAUUUUAUAUUAUCAAUUCUGUCUAUUUUUCUUUCCAAUAAUUUUAUUAUUACAUGUGCAUGCGUUAGUGGGUUUGUAAUGCUACUUUAGUAGUGAUGCAACAGCUGUCUCAAUAGAUCUUGUUUACUGUUCUCAACUUCUCUUUUAUGACCACUAACUCGAUCUCAAGUUUCCUACUGAUGUAUCGCUAAAUUCAUGCCUUUAUUGUUUAAAUUCCAUAAUCUCCUUCACCACUUGUUUAA